AUGAGCUCGAGCCUGCGCACCGCCCAGCUCGCGUUUGCUGUCCCCGACGCCCCCUGGGCCGCUCUCGCAGACGGACGUCCGCCGACCUCCGUCGUGGCCGACGCCGAGCCACCCGGCGGACACCAGGUGCAAAUCCCCCACCUCGACCUCGUCCUCACCACCAUCCUCCCUGCCGCCGCCAUCCUGCUCACCCUUGGCGCGGACGUCCUCUCGCGUCUCCCCUACCCCCGCCUCCUCCGCCGCGCCGCCUGCACGCUCUCCAGCCCGUUCCGCGACUUUUUCACGCUCGCCGACCUCGAAGCGCCCGUUCCCUGUCCUCUCCACCGUGCGCCAUGGAAAGCCCGCGUCCUCGUUCUUGGCUCGGCCCUGCAAAGCAUCGUCUGGCUUGCCGUCUUGGUCUAUAGGGAGGAGGUGGGGGAUUUGGAGGGCAGCGUGGAGGCGGGAGUGGCGUUUUUGGCCUGGACGUACGCCUUCGCGCGGGUGCUCGCCCGGCCGCCGGCGACGCCCCCGUACUUGCUCCUGGGCUUUUAUGUGACGUGCGCGCUCGCGGCGCUUCACGACGUUGCGCUUGACCUUUUCGGGGACUCGGUCGACUAUGGCGCCCUCGUCCUCUGCGGCGGGCAGCUCUGCCUCGCCGGGCUCCUCGUGUGGGUCGCCGGGACGUACCCCCUUCGCGCGGAAUGGCCCGCAGACAACGUUGCCAAGCCCUCAGACCCAUCCUCAAACAAAUAUUCAGUCCCGGAGGACAGCGUCAACUUGUGGACCUGGUCGACGUUUUCGUUCGUGGAACCGCUCUUCAAGAUAUCCAACUCGCGCACCGUUAAUGAAGAAGACGUCUGGACAUUAUCCCCGUUCUUCACCCACAAGAACAUAUUCACCAAAUAUCUCCGAUACGUCUCCGAAUACCCUACUCAUUCGCUACUGCGAUACCUACUGGUCUCGAGCUCCCUCGACUUAAUCCUGGAUGUCACGCUCGAGUCGUGGAGCGCCGUCGUCGGUUUCGUGCCUCCAUAUGCACUCCAGCGCAUAUUAACCGCACUUUCGGAUCCGUCGCCGAACGCGAGGAACACGGCCUACUUCUUCGCGUUCGUCGCGUUUUUGGCCAACCUUUCAUUUGCACAGGUCGACGUGAACAAGGGCUGGUUCACGCGCCGGGCGUACGAGCGCACACGGGGGCAGCUGUUCUGCGCCUUGCACUACAAGCAUGUUUCUCUCACGCGCACCGAGAGCGGGCUGCUGACCUCUGCUUUCAGGGCGCUCAAGCGGCGAGACGUCAGCGGCAAGCACGCGCAGGGCCCCGGAGGGAGCGAAGAGGACGAGGGGAGCGCCGAUCUGGGCAAGAUCGUGAACCUCAUGCAGGGCGACGCGUACGCCGUCUCGGGACGGUUCUGGCAAUUCGCCGGCUUUUUCCUCGCCCCCGUCCGUCUCACCAUUGCUCUGGUGUAUCUAUACCGUCUUCUCGGGUGGAGUGCGUUCACCGCCGUCGGCGUCACCGUCCUCGUCUACCUCCUCAACUUGCCGUUAGGCAGAUACGAUGUCUAUCUCAUGCGCGAAAAUUGGAGAGCGUCCGAUAGGCGUAUGAAUGCCGUAAACGAACUGUUCCAAAAUAUCCGGUUCCUCAAAUUUUACGGUUGGGAGCUCCGUUGGAGCCAGCGCGUCAAGCAGGCUCGUGAUGACGAGCUUGGCUGGCGGGUCAAGGUGAACAUCGUCGACGUGAUCAUCACCUUCAUCUGGCACUGGAUGCCCUCCGCGACCGCGCUGGCGUCGUUCGUAUGCUACACAGUCAUCGCCGGCGAACAGCUCACCGUCGCCACAGCGUUCACAGCCAUCGCGCUCUUUAACCAGCUUCAGACCCCGAUGCUCCAACUGCCAGAACAGAUGUUCGCCCUGCUCCACGCGUACAUCAGUAUGCAGCGUAUCCAGAGCUUCCUGGACGAGCCCGAGGUGCCCGACUGGGCGUCAUCCCUCAAACGAGACCCUCAAACCCCAACGACGCCCGCCGCCCAAAUCGGCUUCGACGAUGCCUCCUUCGUCUGGGACGCCGCACCUGGCGACCGCACGCCUGCCCGCUUCACGCUCGGCCCUCUCAACAUCCGCUUCCCUCCCGGCAAGCUCUCGUUGGUCAGCGGCCCGACAGGGUCGGGUAAGAGUGCGCUGUUGGUCGCCCUGUUGGGAGAAAUGCAUUGCCUCGCAGGCAAGGUUGUGCUAAACAAGGCGGGGCAUCAGGUCGCGUACUGCGCCCAGAACCCGUGGCUGGAGCAUGCGACAAUCCGGGACAACAUUGUCUUUGGGGCGGGGUACGGGUUUGACGAGGGCCGCUAUCAGGCCGUGAUUGAAUCGUGCGCGCUGCAACGGGACCUGGACAUGUUCGCCGCCGGGGAUAUGACAGAAAUUGGCGAGAAGGGUAUUACCCUCUCUGGCGGGCAGCGCGCGCGCAUUGCCCUCGCGAGGGCGCUUUACUCUCAAGCCAAGGUCAUUUUGCUUGACGAUCCGCUCGCCGCAGUUGAUCUCCACACCGCCAACCACCUUGUGAGGAAGGCGCUGUCCGGAGACCUCGCUCGCGACCGCACCAUAAUUUUGGUUACCCAUCAUGUCACCCUCUGCGUCUCCGUGGCCGCGCACAUCGUCGAGCUCCAGUCAGGGGCAGUAAAACGGAGCGGCUCGACGGCCGAGCUGCGUGAACAGGGUGAACUGGACAAGUUCGUGGAGGCGGAGGACGUGGUCGACGACACCGGCACUGAGGCGUCCUCUCACACCGAGGUGGAGAACGAGGCCGACCUGACGGCGGCGAAGGCGAACGGAAACGGCGCGACUGCGCUCGCCGACUUGGGCAAGCUCGUCGAUGAUGAGGCACGUGCGGAGGGACGGGUGUCCGCGCGCACAUACUGGACAUACAUCCGUGCGGCCGGAGUGCUCUUCUGGGUCUUCACGUUCCUGUUCAUGCUUCUCAUGCGGUUCAUCGAAGUCAGCUUCCGGUUCUUCAUAGCGAAGUGGGGAGAAGCGUACGAACAGAGCGACGCCAGUGACGGGCCCUUGACCUCGAUCAUAGGCCACAACCCUUUGGACAGACUUCCGCCGCCCAACCAGGACGUGCGCCCCUGGCUCAUGAUCUACCUGUACAUCUCCAUCGCCAGCGCACUCACCGUCCUCUUCAGCAUCUCGCUCGGAUACUACUCCUCCCUCCAAGCCUCGCGCACGCUCUUCUCCGCGAUGCUCCGCCGCCUUGUCCGCGCCCCCUCCCGCUUCUUCGACACCACGCCCGUCGGCCGCAUCCUCAACCGCUUCACCGCGGACAUCAACACGGUCGACAACGCGCUGCACGUCUCCGCGCGCUCCGCGCUCUCCGGCACGCUCAACUUCGUCAUCUCCUUCACCGUCAUCAUCUCCGUCGUGCCCUCGUUCGCGCCCUGCGCGCUCUUCAUCGCCUGGCUCUACGUCCGCCUCGCCCCGAGCUACGUCCGCGCCUCUCGCGACCUCCGCCGGCUCGAGAGCAUAUCGCUCUCGCCCGCGUUCGCCGGCUUUGACGAGCUCCUCCGCGGCCUGCCGCACGUGCGCGCGUUCGGGAUGGAGCGCCGGUAUCAGGACCGGUUCUACGAGCGCGUGGACCGCUUCCAGUCCUUCGACCACGUCUACUGGUUGAUUGCGGGGUGGCUGAACUGGCGAUAUGACUGUCUUGGGUCCGUCGUCGUGUUCAUGACGACGCUUUUCGCGCUGUGGAGCGGGGUCUCGUCGGGAUACGCCGCGCUGGUCAUCGUUCAAGCCGCCAUGUUCGCAGACGCUUCGCGGACUCUGGUCAGAGUUCUCGCCCAGGUGGAGUUGGACUUCAACUCUGUGGAGCGCAUCGUCGAGUACCUCAAUGUGCCACAAGAAGCCGCCGCGGUCGUCGAAAGCAAGCGACCGCCUGCAGCGUGGCCGACGUCAAACGGCGACCUCGUGGUGGAGGACCUAACGGUGCGGUAUGCCCCGCAUCUGCCAGACGUCUUGAAGCAGCUGUCGUUCCGUGUCAACCCUACCGAGAAGAUCGGCGUGGUUGGUCGAACCGGGUCUGGGAAAUCUACUCUGGCUAUGUCGCUGCUCAGGAUAGUCGAACCUGCCGGUGGACACAUCUUCGUUGACGGCAUCGACAUCACAACCAUCGGCCUCGAAGACCUCCGAAGCCGCCUUACCAUCAUCAGCCAAGACGUAUCAUUGUUCACCGGGACCCUCCGCAGCAAUCUGGAUCCCUUCGACGAACACACCGACGAAGAGUGCUGGGACGUCCUCGAGCGAUGCCACCUCAAAACGAUCUUGAACAACUCCUUGGACCGUUCAGGAAGCACAGAGCAAGUCAGGCUCGACAUGCCCAUCAGCCAAACGGGCUCCCUGAGCGCGGGCGAGCGACAGCUGGUGGCGAUGGCCCGAGCCAUUCUUCGGCACAGCAACGUGGUCAUUCUCGACGAGGCGACUUCUCAGAUUGACUCCGACCUCGACGACCAGAUCCAACGAACCAUCCGAGAAGAGUUCGCGGGCGCCAUCGUCAUCACCAUCGCGCACCGCCUGAAGACCGUCCUGGACUACGACCGCAUCAUGGUCCUCGGCGCAGGCGACAUCCUCGAGUUCGACACCCCUCACGAGCUCCUCCGCACUCCGGGUGGUGUGUUCAGGGACAUGUGCCGCGCGAGUGCGGACAGGAGGGUGCACCAAGCAGUGUCGGAGGCCUGCGCUCCCUAG